AUGACUAACCGAACUGGUACAACUAAUAUGAAUAAAAGUAUACCAACUAAGCCGAGUACGUAUGAGACGCCGAGUAUGUAUGAUCCCUAUUGGGUGUCCAUGUUAUAUUCCAAAGAUAAAUUGAGACACAAGAUGUGCCGGUGCUCACCGCCAGACCAUAAUAGCGAUAUGCCAGUCCUCCGCGUCCAUGCCUCUACCUUCCAUACGAUGGUUGACAUUUUGAAUGUAAAUAAUCCGAAUUUUUUGAUAAUGCAAGGACGCAUAACUAAAGUGUUGAACAUGAAACCACAAGAGAUUCUUUCAAUGAUUGAAGAAGCUGCAGGUACCAGCUUAUAUGAAACUAAACGGGAGGCCACAACCAAACUGAUUGAAAAGAAGGAUGCCAAAGUCCGUGAGACUAAUACUUUGUUGCAUGAAGAGGUUGAACCGAAACUAGAAAAAUUAAGACGUGAGAAAUCGGCAUAUAUGGAAUAUCAGAAAAUUUGCCGAGACAUUGAAUAUCUGACAAGAAUUCACAUAUCAUAUCUUUAUCUAAAAUAUAAAGACAGUUUAAAAUCAAUAGAGGCCAAUAUAGAGACAUUAACAGGUCGCAUUGAGACAGCUAAACAAAAUAUAAUAAACAAUAAUGAAGAACGUGAGAGAAUUAAGGAAAAGACUAAAGAGUUGCAAUGUCAUAUUGAUGAAACUAGUGGUGGAGCCUUAAGAGAAGUGGAAACUGAAUUGGAACGGGAGUUAAUGAAUGAAGGAAAAGCAGCAGGCAACUUGAAGGCCAGUCAAAGUACUAUCGACCAGGAAGAGAAGAGGUUGAAAAGCAUAGUGAAAAGUAUGGAAGAUGAUGAAAAAUCUUUGCAGCUGAAACAAAAGGAAAUGGAUAAAGCGAAAAACUUAUUCCAAAAUUUAAAAGAGGCCGACUCUGCAGAUUCUUUAGCAUACGAAGAGGCGCAGAAAAAGUAUGAAGCCGUUAGCCAAGGUUUAUCAACUAAUGAGGAUGGUCAAGCUUCAUCGCUGCAGGAUCAAUUAAUCAACGCCAAACAAAGUUUGAGUGAGGCUCAGACCCUUAUUAAAACUUCGGAUAUGGAAUUAAAACACAGUCGUCAGUUGUUGCGUCAGAAGGAAAGCGAAACGCAAACUAAUGAUGCGGCGUAUACGAAAGACAAAAAUUUACAUGACAAAUUACAGUCAGAAAUACAGAACAUUUCACAGAAACUAACAAGUAUAGAAUAUCAAGAUGGCUCAUUUGAACAGUUGCAGGAACGUAAAAACGUCCUACAGCACGAAGUGCGGCAAUUGCAACAACAAUUAGAUCGUCGUAAUGCUUAUCGUUAUGAACUGCAGUAUCGCGAUCCAGAGCCAGGUUUCGAUCGCUCCAAAGUUCGUGGUAUGGUUGGCAAAUUAUUCGAUGUAUUUAAUGAAGAGUACUGCUUGGCUUUAAUGAUGACAGCCGGGGGUAGCCUUUACAGUUAUGUUACAGAUGAUGAUGUAACAAGUAAGAAAAUUUUACAAAAAGGCCAAUUGCAACAGCGUGUUACCAUCAUACCCAUUAACAAAAUAACCUCCUACGCCAUUCAAGAGGAAGUCGUUACUUUUGCUCAAAACUUAGUAGGAAGUCAAAAUUGCCAAUCAGCUUUAUCUCUGAUUAAUUACGAUCCCUAUUACGAACCUGUAAUGAAAUUUGUUUUUGGACAUACGCUAAUCUGUCGGGAUCUUAACGUGGCUAAACAGGUGACCUAUCAUCCUAAUAUUCACUGCCGCUCUGUAACUUUAGAUGGCGAUGUAGUUGAUCCUGAAGGAACUUUAUCAGGCGGUUCGAAACCUAAAGGUAGUAAUAUAUUGCAAGAGUUGGGUGAUAUUAAACGCCUGGAAAAUGAUAUCAAAGAACGUAAACGGGAAAUACAAAAAAUCGAUCAACAGUUAAGCUCAUUGGAGAAUAAAGCUCGUUCGUACCAGAAACUCAAAGAGACUAUAGAAUUGCGACAGCACGAAUUGGAUGCUUGCAAACAACGUUUGGCCCAAACAACAUUCCAACAGCAUCAAACAGAAAUCCUCUCCCUUAAGGAACAUAUUAAAAGCCUUGAGGACGACUUGCUUAAAGCUCAGAAUAUUCAAAAGUUAUCUCAAACUAAAAUCAAAGAUAUUGAAAGCAAACUGGCCGACGCUAAAGGAUAUCGCGAACGUGAAUUAAAAAAAGCUGCUGAAGCUAUGAAAGCAGCCAAACAGAAAGCCGAAAAAUCUCGCAACAAUUGGAAGAAGCAUGAACAGGACCACGAUACCUUAUGCAUUGAAAUUGACUCAUUACAGAAAGACAUUACUCAAGCGAAGGAGCAACGAAUCAAUUUGGAGAAUAAAAUCGAAAAACUUAAAACAGAACAAGAAGAAAUGCGCAAUAAGAACGCUACUGUUAGAGAAGUAGUAGCAGAGUUGCGUCAGAAAAUCAAACAACAAAAGGAUAAAAUUAAUUCGCAAAAUAAGGAACUGAAGGCAUUAUUCAGCAAACUUGAAAAAUUGGAAAAGCAUAAUGAGGAAUUUAAUUUAGAAAUUAAGAAAAAAGAAAACGAGGUCAAUAAAGUGCGCACGGAAAGCAAAGAUUCAUUUAAAAAAAUAGAAAAUCUUGAAUCCAAAUAUCCCUGGAUUAAUGAAGAUAAAGAAUUUUUUGGUAUGAAAAAUACUCGAUAUGAUUAUUCGAAGGAGAAUCCCGUAGAAGCCGGUCAGAAAUUGAGUUCAAUGGGCGAGCAAAAAGAGAAAAUGGAACGUAAUAUUAAUCUUAGAGCUAUGGUGUUAUUGGAGCGCGAAGAGGAAAAUUAUCAAGAGACCAUAAGACGUAAGAAGAUUGUUGAACAAGACAAGGAGAAAAUUAAAAACAUUAUAUGUAAAAUGGAUAUAAAAAAGAGAGAGAAAGUUGAAAAAGCUUGGAUGAUUGUAGACGAAAAUUUUAGCAGCAUUUUUAGCACUUUGCUACAAGGAGCUCAAGCUCGUCUAAAUCCGAUCAAGGAGAAUAAUCAAUUAGUGGGCCUAGAGAUUAAAGUUGGCUUCAAUGGCAUAUGGAAGGAAUCGCUUGGUGAGUUGUCGGGCGGUCAACGUUCUUUAGUGGCUCUUUCGUUAGUAUUAGCAAUGUUGAAGUUUUCUCCUGCUCCCUUGUACAUUCUGGACGAAGUUGAUGCUGCCUUAGACAUGUCACACACACAAAAUAUUGGAAACAUGCUUAAGACUCACUUCACUUCAUCCCAAUUCAUUAUCGUUUCAUUAAAGGAUGGUAUGUUUAAUAAUGCCAAUGUAUUAUUUAGUACUAAAUUUGAAGAAGGCGUUUCUGCGGUAACGCGUAAGGUUAAUUCGCGAUUGCAAGUGGCACGCCGUUGAGAAGCAUUUUAUGUUCAAAAUUCUAUUUUAAAAACCAUUGAUUACAAAAAUAUACUUUGAAAAUAUUGUAC